CUACUGUAAACUAUUUCAAUGAUGGCAAACCGCUCGCUGUUCGGAAUAACACGAGAGGUGUUAAAGGAUUUGACUACCUGUAAACUUUGUUUUGAGGAAUACGACGAAGUUGAACGCCAAGCCAAAUAUUUACCGUGCCUGCAUAGCUUUUGCCUGUUUUGCCUCGUCGAACACGCCAAGGGUGAGAGGGUAUUUAAGUGUCCAAUGUGUAGGCGUUCUACGAACGUUCCAGAGAAUGGAGUUCGCGGGCUUCCAGAUAACUUCAUAGUCGGAACUUUAACGGAUCUUCAGCCCGUGGUUAAUAACGCUGACCCAUCUACGAUCCUUAGAUGUGGCUCGUGCACAGAUGAGGAGAAUGUAUCCGCAGUCGGGUUCUGUUUGGCAUGCCAGGCAUUUCUGUGCCGCACAUGUAAGGAGGCCCAUUCGAGAAUGCGAGCAUUCGAUGGCCACGAGGUUAAAACAAUGGAGCAGUUGCAGAAUCCAUCAACGCCGCCACAGCAAGGGUCGUACUGCGAUCAGCACAAACGUGAGCGUCUGACUCUAUUUUGCACCGGUGCGAAGUGUCAGAAGGUUCUAUGUAUACUCUGUGCUCAAACACGACACCAGGGUCAGGAUCACCCCACCGUCGAACUCGCCGUGAGGUCUGCCGAGGUAAUGAGGGAUAUGAACAACCUUGUCGAGCAAGCCCGUCAUAAAGCAACCCUUGUACGAGAAAUAUCCGGGAAAAUCAACACAGAGAUUAACCGAACGAGUCGUUUGUACGAGGAAAGCGCAAACGCCGUCAAUCGUUUUUUUGAGGCACUUCAAGAGAAGCUCAAAGAGAGGGUAACCAAUGCAAAUAUCUUCCAAAAUCAGGUUUGUGUUGAUCGCACCAAUCUUCUUCGUCGACAGACAGACCGGGCCGAAUCCAUUAUCUCCCAGUUUGAGUCUGCUUGCCAAUUUGCCGAGACAGCUUGCGGUACGGGAAAUCCAGUGCACCUCCUCUGGGCUAAGGAGCAGGUCUUUGCGAAACUUGAGGAGCUGAUCAACUUAAACCUCGCCAAGCAUAUUCCAUUCCAACCGACAAGUGAAGACGUCUUCAAGUCAUUAACAGCAGACCAAGAAUGGGCCCUAGAAGAGUUUGAGAAGAUCUUCCAGCGCCUCGGGAUUUUUACAAAGUCCAUCUGUAACUAUGAUUUUGAGGUUGAUUUAGCAGAAGGAAAAACAUUUUCUCUCAUCACCGAAGCUUUGCAAGUGGUCCGUUUGCGUUUAUCAGACAAACCCGGCCAGUCAUUGGAGAAUCUUAUUGAUCGUCUAGAUGCGUUCAUCGUGUCCCCAGAUGGUAACAGCACAGAUUGCGCCAUUUUAAGAAUGAGUGACACCGACAUACAGGGAUGUGAGGUGCAAGUCCAGCCGAUGGUUUCGGGGACACACAAAUUAAACAUCAGUGUUUCCGGGGUACCCAUCAAACACAGCCCCUUCUUCCUCGAGGUCGCAGAUGGUCCUCCCCAAGAGCCUACCGCCCAGGAGGAAAUCUCAAGUGAUGUGACUUGGAACCAGAAGGAGAUCUCUACUGAUGUGACUUGGAACCCUGACGUCUUUGCGGGACGUGAGCACACAAUCUUUGUCAAGCUCCACGGCAUCCGAGAAGGUCAAAGGUUAACUGCAAGAUACUAUAUGCAGGAGGACCAGAGCACGAAUGGCCUUGAAAACGACAAUGAUGACGAGCCCAUUGAAGAUGUCACACAUCAAGACGUUGGAACUGACGCAAGAAUUACAUCAACUGCAGAUGAAGGAACAUUCCGGGUUGCUUUCACUCCUUCUCAAGCUGGCAGGCUGAUCAUGUCGAUCUUCCUAGACGACAAACCGAUUCCAAACCAACCCUUUCUCGUGAGCGUCGGCCCUCGCCGUCAGACCUCGCCGUAUUCCGCCUCAAUCCGCUUUGCUCAGAUGGGGAGGCACACGGGGCGUAUUGCAGUACUGGACAUGCCUUAUUCUAUUGUCGUCUCAAUGCAUGACUACAAGAGACCACUUCGCACUGGAGGCCGAAGCAUCAUCGCGACCAUCGCCUCGGGAACAUCCCAUCAAAUACAAUGCGUCGCCAGGGACAUCCAAAACGGCAGCUACAACAUUGAGUUCAUACCACGGUCUUUGGGCUCUCACACUCUGGAAAUAACAGUAGAUGGACAAUAUCUGGACAUAAACCCGAAGAGUUUUACCGUAUCACGCUAUCUACCCUUUGGAAAUCCUCGUUGCGGCUAUAUUAGCCCGACCGGGAUCGCCGUUGAUAAAGAAAGGAAUUUUGUCCUAGUCGCAGACGGCCGACAGUCCUGCAUCCAUCGCCUAGACUUGGAUGGCAAUGAUGCUUUACAACAUAUCGCCAUCUCAACCAAGAGGUCCGUGCAAAUUGCCACGAGCAAGCUUGGCAGACUAGUGAUGCUGAUACCGGCGGAAAGCACCGUGAUACUACUGUCCGCUUUUACGAAAGAUGAAGAGCAAAGGUGGUCAUGCAGCAGCGAAACCACAACACCAACCAAUGUGUUCUGCUCCCAGGAUAACAAAGUGAUAAUUAGCGAUUGUAACUCUCAAAAGCUCUUCGUGUACGACAGUCAAGGUGUCAUCAUUAGUCAUAUUCAACUACCAGAGGGAUCCCUCACGGGCAGUUGCAUGAACAACGCGUGCUGCCUACCAAAUAAUGACGUCAUCGUUGCAACCAGCUGUCAUCCUUACCGCAUUAUCCGUUAUACCAUCGCUGGUACCCUCAAGUAUGCGUCAGUCUCGCCUGCCAAUGGCGACCAACUGGCAGUUGCUGCGUUGGGUGAGCAAGCAACAAUCGUCGUGUCCUCAGCUGGGAAGGUUAUGAUUCUAGCCCUGCACCCGAAUGGUUCAUCGACAGUUGUUAGCGAGUUUAAGACGGAGCGAAUAUACACCAGUCUCGGCUCGACGGCUGAUGGGUGUUUCAUGGCGUUUGAUCCCGGUGAAGGAUUUCACCUCGAUAAGUACAGUUAUCGGGAGUACCCAGACGAAGAGGAGGGGAAAGAAGUACUGGUAUAGGAUUUGUUAGGAAUAUUAACAGUAAUUAUUAAGGAACUGUGAAUGUAUUCAUUUUGGGUUCUAUCCAUAUACACUGUGUGUGCACUUUAUACUCCGAGUUCUGUGAAGAAAAACAUCACCGGCAUAUUACUCGGGUGGGAUUCGAACCUACGACCUUCGUAAUUCUAGAGCAGUGUCAUACCAACUAUACCACUGAGGUUGCCGGGAAGCUAGAGAGGCAGUUCGAAUCCUAUGUUUAACCGCGGGUACUGCAACGAUCUAACAAUUAUUUUUUUUAAUAAUGGCAACAACAAAAAAACCUCUUUGUUAUCCCAUGGCAACAGAUACAAAUACAUUUUUUCCCUUUUUUUUCGAUUUCAAACAAAAAGUGAAAUUUUUCCUAUUUCCAAGACCACGUUAUCAUGACACAGUUAACUUUUAUGGAUGGCUGCAUUGAAUAUAUAUACAACUAAAUAUGGGUUCAACCUUUUAAUUUCAAAUAGGGAUGGUUUAAUACUUUUUUGACGUAAUACAAUGUUGUAUUUUCGUCAAAGAAGAAAAAGUACACAGCUCAUUAUGGCAUUGCUCCUAUUUAAUCAUCGAAUACAUUUUGUGAGAUUAGACACUUAAAGGCAGUGGACACUAUUGGUAAUUACUCAAAAUAAUUAUUAGCAUAAAACCUUUCUUGGUGACGA